AGAAAGACAUCAUUUGUUAUGUACUUUAGCAUAUCCACAAUUAUUUUGUUCCUUUGUUGGCUUGGAAACAAUGCAAACAUUUGCUUGGCAGAAGCCAAAUGCACAUACCAUUUGUAGGGAUCUCUCACUCAGACCCCUUUCAACACUUAAAAUGCCACUUAAAAUCGUCUCCAGCCUCCUUGCGUGAAUUAGCAAAGAUCUCUGUUCAUCUGAAAGAGCCUUCACCAAGCAAGUGCUCUUUAGAAGAACUAGACAACAACUUCCAUCAGCCACUGGCUGUGGACGAUAGAAGUUAUGACCCAACAUUUUUGACAGUGAAGGUGACAGUUUGGGGAGGCUGUUGCAAUGCUACCAUCUGAUCUUCUAUACGAUUUAUGGAUUUUUUAAAAAGUACAAUCUAAAAGGAACUGUCCAGGUGUUCACAGUGAGGCUGGGGCAUUGAGUAAAGUCUUUUAAACUCCUCGGUUUUGACUCCAGCCCUCUUGUUCUUCCUGGUCGUGAGUCAAAGUCCUAGGACCACAGGCAGCUGCAGUUCAAAACAGCGGCAGCAUGUCAGGCUUGAGACACGUAUAUAACUUUUUGCCAGAACUCACCCCCGAAAGCCAUACCUGAAACGGUGGCUCAGGUAAGCAAAGACGGGGCAGAGACAAAGAAGCCCUUUUUUCACCCGGCACACACCGGCUCUCGAGUUCCAGAAGUGCAACAGCUGCCAGUCUGGCGGCUUUAAAGGGGAUUAGGGAAAUCGAGGAGGAUGAAGCUGUCUGGUUGCGGCACCUUCAUGUCAGGCACAGCACGAGGCCCCUGAGCGCAUGUUCAGGAGCAUCAGGGCGAAGGCGCCCUCGCGCUCACGCGGCUGAUGGUUUUCCGCGGGGAUCCAGCUCUCCCGCAGUUGGCGAGGGCGGGCGCAGCUUAACGGGCCGCGCCAGCCUUGGGCGCCACGCUGGACGGCUCCUCUUCCCUUCUGAUCACAAGCCGCCUCAUCCUCGGCCGCGUCCGUGAGCUAGCGCUGCCGAAUCCCGCAACAUCGGACAACCGGUCGGGGGAAAAACGAAGACAUGCAACUGGCAACAUUUGGAGAAGACUGGAAAUAUGAAAGGAAGCCUUCUUCUAAACUGAGGAGGGUUGAAAAGACAGUCCUUAUUUGAUCAUUCACUGCCCUUCCAUGUGACUGCAGUGGCGGAUAACUUUUUUUUCUUUCCCUCAGCCUCUUGGGCCAGAGAGCGGCUUACGGUCUUCCUAGUAUCCUCUGGUGUCAGCCUUUUUCCCUCAGUGGCAAUGAAAAGGAACACAGGUGAGAUUUUGACAGCAGAGUUUUGCAAGAGUGCCCAAGCAUUUCCAAAUCAGAGUAAAAACAUUGCUGACCAAAGGACAUAAUAACGAAUAUUCCAGCUUUCAGUUCUUGGGCUGAGACCUGAAUCAAGAGAAGAACUUCCACCCAUCACCCCUCUUUUUUUUUUUAGAUUUUUUUUUAUCCCACCUUGAUUAUUGUUAUAAAUAACUCAAGGCGGCAAACAUAUCUAAUACUCCUUCCUCCUCCUAUUUUGAUGUAAUCAGCUGUUCUAAGGGAUCAGAAUGUAUUCAGAAUCAGCAGCACCUGAGUUGUGUGAACGGUGGGUGUCUUGAAACCUGAGUGCUACAAAAGGGUUAAAUUGGGUGCACCACUAUUCCUUGUUUUGGUGAUGAUGAGUUUGUAGCUUUGAUUGCAAAUCUUUCAUUAAGGCUGCAUGCCACAACCACCACUAUCUUCUUUGGCAGGUAAAAAUGGCUAGUUAACAUUGGAUGCAAAUGGGUCUAUUUCAUCCAUCAACUUUAAUCAGAAGAAACUUGCAAUAUCUUGCUACCACAGAAAACACGUUUCACAUAAAGUCGAUGCUGAACUGGUCUUGAACUCAUGCUUGCUUCUGCUGUUGCAGAUUCUUUCUUGAGAUAUCCUUGGGAUCAGUUUAUUAUAUUCCAUGGAUAUGUGACUUUCCCUGGACUAUGACCACAGUUUAUUGCAAUGGAGGUCCAGGGAGCCACCAGAAUGCUAGAUGGAGUCAGGAAGAUAGCGGAGAGAACCAUUCUAAGAAAGUUGUGUACACAGAAGAUGAACCAGGCAACCAGCACCAUCUGACCCCAUUUGAGAAACUCAUUCUGGAUAUGUCCCAGGAUGAAAAAGUGGUAAAAGAAUUAACUCUGGGGAAGAGGGUUGGGUUUUACAGCAUCAGAGGUAAAAUUGGAAGUGGGAACUUCUCCCAAGUGAAACUUGGAAUACACUCUCUGACAAAAGAAAAAGUAGCCAUCAAGAUCCUGGAUAAAAGUAAAUUAGACCACAAGACCCAGAGACUCCUCUCUUCUGAAAUUUCUAGCAUGGAGAAGCUGCAUCACCCAAACAUUAUCAGGCUUUAUGAAGUCAUGGAGACCUUCUCCAAACUGUACCUGGUCAUGGAGUAUGCUAGUGGAGGGGAACUUUUUGCUAAAAUCAUGAGAGAAGGGAAGUUAUUGGAAGAAGACAGCAAGCACAUUUUUUCCCAGAUUGUGUCUGCCAUCAAACAUAUGCAUGACAACAACAUAAUUCACCGGGACCUGAAAGCUGAAAACGUCUUUUACACCAGUAACACAUGUGUGAAGGUGGGAGAUUUUGGAUUCAGCACAGUAAGUCAAAAAGAGGAAUCCUUGAACACUUUCUGUGGUUCUCCUCCUUAUGCUGCUCCAGAACUUUUCAGAGAUGAAAGCUACAUUGGGAUUUACGUGGAUAUCUGGGCCCUAGGAAUCCUUCUGUAUUUCAUGACCACAGGGCUCAUGCCAUUUCAGGCAGACACAGUGGCCAAGCUGAAAAAGUGCAUUCUUGGUGGAGUAUAUAGCUUGCCACCAUACCUAUCCGAAUCUUGCCAGAAACUGAUCCGGGCGGUCCUGCAACCGGUUCCGUCAGAACGCUGCUCUGUUGCUCACAUAAUGAAUAGUGAAUGGAUGAAUGGUGUGCAAUACCCAAAACCCUUGGAACCCUUUAAACUGGAUCCCAAAUUUUUGGCAGAGGGCAGAAGCCUCCGAAAGGAAGAGGCUGAGGUGAAAAUCAUUUUGAACCAUUUGGGAAUCACAAAAGGGCACAUUCAGAAUAACUGUGGGAGAGAUUCCCACAGCUCAAUAACUGGGACUUACAGAAUUGUUCUUCACAGAGUGCAGAAGAAACGGGCCAUGGAGAUUGUUCCUAUCAUCAGCCAACCUGAACCCAAGAAACAAAGGCCAAAGAAAAAUCUGUGUCCCUAUCAGGGCCACAAAUAUUCAUCGAAGCUCUGCUUGAUUUUAUAAAGCACCUCCCUGGCUUAGUCUGCUGCAACAUUUUGGAGUCCUUUUGUUUGGUACCAGUUUACCCUUGCCCUUAGCUUUUUUGUAAUUUUGAAAAAGUAAAAAGGAUGCCUUAAAGCUUCUGAUGUAUGGUUCUUACUCACAAAACUUAAGGCCAAAUCUUACAUUUUCUGUGAUUUAAUUGCUUUUGUAGGUUUUUGUAUCUGGGGAGAAGAUGAAUCUCACUGUUUUUGGAGAAACAAUGCUGCAUACAAGUGUGUUUAGUUUGUUGUGAUAGAUGCAAGCAUCAGUUGGGUAAUGUCCUAAAUUAACACAACAUUGUCUCUCCUCCCACCACAUUUAUUAAUCUACGUCAGUGGUUCAACUUUUCAUGUCUUAUCACUCUACCAAAGAAACAAACCAGGAAUUUUAAAAAGUUGCUUUUUCUGAGGACAUGUCUAUGUUUACAAGCAUUCUUUUAUUAGUAUCCUUGUUGACCAACUGCUAUAACUGUAAAAUAAAUAAGAGCCAAUUGGGGCUGAAACCCUGCUUGCCCCUGUGGGAGAAGUCUUUGCUUGACACAAACCCCUCCCUACACCCAGAUAAUGAAUGAGAACUAGCAGAAGUUGAAGUCGUAUUUUCCAUAAGCUCUAAUGAUAACAUGAUGCCCAAAUAGACAAAGCCUUUGCAGGGAGGGUAUUCUACGCCCAAACCCAUUGAAGCUUGCUCCUGGCCCUAACUGCAGCAAAGGCUGCACCAUGAUGCUCCGUUCCUUUGUCUUAACACAGUUGAAGACUGAUGGCUUUACUUUAGCUGCCUUUCUCUUGAGCGCUUUCUGGAUUUCAGGAGAGUCACCAUGCUACUGGUUGAGAAAUGCUGCUUUGGGAACCGUUUUAGUGAGUUGCAAGAUUUUUAAAUACAUUGUUAUCU